GGCUUUUCCCUUGAUUCUCUUUCCCGUCCCCGUGAAGACUCUUCAAAACCGUCUGUGAAUUGUCAAACAGAAAACAGAGCAGUUCUCAUUUGCUUUCUCUGGCUUUCCUUCUUUUCUACGGCAUGAUUAGUUUGUGUGUGCCGCUUUUCUUUACAUGUUUCUGACUUUACAAAAGCUCUGACUUGUCCACCCUUCUUCUUUCCUCGUUCCCUCUCUCUCUCUCUCUCUCUCUCCAUCAUAUUUCUGUCCGUCGUUUCUGGUGCAAGCUAAGAAAGAAGAACCACUCGGGAUGGCUUUCCUGGUUGUGAGCAGAGGGGGUUGAUUCCGAUUCCGGGGUGGUUGUGUUUCCUGCUGUUGAUGAUUUUUGUCUUGUAGUUUCAUAAUUCUGAGACGUGGGUUUGUGGUGGAUUACGAUUUGGAGUUUGUGUGGAUGAUGAGAAGUCAGCUUAGGAAGUCGUAGUUGUUGCUUGUUGGAGGCCUUUUUUUUCUCAUGGAUAGGCUUUGCUGCUUCAAUUCUCCUUACCCUCAGCAUGUAGGGGGACAAGCAUCAUCUUUCUCCGGUAAGGGAAGAAACCAUGAUGGCGUCAAGUAUGGUUUCAGCCUAGUCAAAGGGAGAGCUGAUCAUCCGAUGGAGGAUUAUCAUGUUGCUAAGUUCGUAAAGGCUGAAGGCCAUGACUUGGGAUUGUUUGCGAUUUAUGAUGGUCAUCAGGGAGAUAGUGUUCCGGCAUACUUACAGAAACAUUUGUUCUCGAACAUACUGAAGGAGGAAGAAUUCUGGAUCAAUCCAAACCAAUCAAUUUCAAAAGCUUAUAAGAUGACAGACCGAGCAAUUCUCUCGAAUAGUUCAGAGUUGGGUUGCGGUGGAUCAACUGCCGUGACAGCAAUUCUGCUAAACAAUCAAAAGCUGUGGGUUGCCAACGUUGGAGACUCAAGAGCAGUCCUCUCGAGAAGGGGUAAGGCGAUACAGAUGACUACAGAUCACGAGCCUAGUAAGGAGCGAGACAGCAUUGAGAACCUAGGUGGGUUCGUCACGAAGAUGCCAGGCGACGUCCCAAGAGUAAAUGGGCAGCUCGCGGUAUCCCGUGCUUUUGGAGAUAAGGGCCUCAAGUCUCAUUUGCGUUCCGACCCCGACAUAAGAAACACUGAUGUCGACGCAUAUACUGAUGUUUUAAUCCUGGCAAGUGAUGGUCUUUGGAAGGUGGUGAAAAAUCAGGAGGCAGUCGAUAUCGCAAGAUCGACGAAAGACCCACAGAAGGCUGCUAAGCAAUUGACAAACGAAGCUGUGAGAAGAAACAGCAAGGAUGAUAUCUCUUGCAUUGUUGUUAGACUCAGAGGAUAGUGUUGUGCCUUUCCUGGACAUUUCGUUUCUGUGUCAUCACAGUAAGGCUACUUAAAACAUAUGGACGAAUAAAGGUUUUUGAUGUAAAGUGUGCUUUUUGGUUGUGCUUUUUUAACUGAUCUUAGUUUCGGCUAUGCUGGGCUGAAACUAAAUUGAAAGCUAUGUGCCCCAGGACCA